AUGCAUCUCUUCCGUCGAGGGACAUCCUCCCUUUUCAACUCCUCGAACGCCUCCCUCGCCUCCUCCAAGACCGAUGCCACGACCGACGCGGUGGGCGACAAUGCCCUCGCCGCAGAGGGAUUCCAGAAAGUCGCAUCCAGCGACAAGUUGUUUGCAACUGUCGAUCCAGCUGUAGACGGAGACGACUGCUUGCACGAUUGUGCUACAUGCACGGUCAAAUACCCCGCCAAAUUCGACAUUGAUCACCAAGACGAACUAUACGGGCAGGUCAAUGGGUGGGCAACGCACUUGCUCGUCGCAACCGGCAAAUCAGAUUGGGUCAGAGAUGUGGCAGACGAGGAGGGAAGUGUCAUGGAAGCAAUUGAGAAGGGAGGGCUGGAACCAAGCAAUGGGAGGCUCAAGCUAUCAGCAUCGAACAUGCCCGUUCCAGACGAAUACCACUUCGAAGAAAAAGGGAAACAACCAACAAACGUCCUCCUCCUGCCCAGCUUCACCGUUGUAGAGCAUGUCACGCCGCAACUGGUUCCAGACCUGAUUGAGAACUUCGUCAACAAAUCCUUGACUACCACAACACCACUAGGCGAAGCACCACUGGUACCCUCGCCUCCAGCCUCACCCGACAGCUCGGCCGAACAAACUAAACUGCCACACCCAUCUACGACAUCCAUCACAUCUCUCCGCUCCCACCCAUGCCCACACGCAGCAGUAGUCCUCCUCUGCUCACAGCGCACGCGCGACGCCCGCUGCGGCCAAUCCGCACCACUCCUCAGAAAGGAAUUCGAGCGUCACCUGCGGCCGCUCGGGUUAUACCGUGAUAUGGACGACCAAAGACCCGGCGGUGUGGGUAUCUACUUUAUUAGUCAUGUUGGUGGACACAAAUACUCUGCCAAUGUGAUUGUGUACCGUCGCCGGGACUUUGAUUGGUACAAGCGUGAGCCAGUUGAGGGUGUGGAUCGUGAGGACGAGGGUGCUGCGCAGGGUAUCUGGCUUGCGCGUGUGCGGCCUGAAGAGUGUGAGAACAUUGUCAAGUAUACUGUUCUCCAGGGUAAGUUGCUCAAGCCUGAUUCACAGUUGCGGGCUGGUUUUGACCGAGAGCGUGGUGUGACGAGCUGGUAA